AUGAACGUGACGAGCCAAAAUGUGACUUACUGCGACUUGAUGAGUGUUAAAAAAACUUUUUCGGUGUACCAUAAUUAUCUCAGUGUGAUAAUAUGUAUUUUCGGUUCGGUGACCAACGUGUUAAAUAUCUGUGUGUUGACGACGAAGCCGAUGCGAUGUCCGACGAACAUGAUCCUGACGGGGCUAGCGCUAGCAAAUCUCCUGGUGAUCUUGGACUAUCUCCCCUUCGUGUUCCUCUACAACGGGGAUAAGGCUUACGCCUUCCACUUCACGUACAACUUGGCAGUUUUCGUGAUUUUCCACGCCUGGUUUGCUCAAUCCUUCCAUUUCAUCUCAUGCUGUCUGACUGUCGUUCUGGCGAUUUGGCAGUACAUUGCCAUCAAGUUUCCCCAAAACAACAGCAAGUGGUGCAGCAAUAAAGUCACCAAAAUCACGAUCCUCCUUACGUACAUCCUCUGUCCGGUUAUUUGCAUCCCUCUGAAUGUCUCGCUGAAAAUAUGGGAGAAACAGGUGCCGGUGGACGAGAACGAGAAAAUUCAGAAGACGGCCAAAACUGGAACACACAAUGCCACGAUUUAUGUCACAGACUAUGAGAGUGAAUAUUCUCAAUACAUAAGUUCCUCGGUGUAUGCCAUUGCUAUGAAGUUAGUUCCGUGCAUUCUCCUAACUGUGCUCUCUUCGCUACUAAUCGUCGAAAUCCUUAAAGCCAAAGAACGGAGAAAGAAGUUAAUGACUCCCAAACCGGACGAGACUGCUGCCAUGAGGAAACCCAGUCAGAGGUGUUUGGAAAAGGUCAAGCAAGCUGAUAGAACAACAAUGAUGUUGCUGGCUGUCUUGCUGCUUUUUUUGCUGGUGGAGUUCCCUCAAGCUAUCUUCGGACUACUCAAUGUUGUCAUUGGAAAGACAUUCGAAGUGGAAUGUUAUCAAAAAUUGGUUAUCCAUGAUAGUUUCGCCAUCAGUGAAACGAAUGGCGUAAAUAACUUCAGCAUCACUUUAUCUGUCAAUAUGUCCAAAAUGUUCACCGAAGAACAUGAAAAAAAUAUGUUGGAAUCCGUAAUGGACGUUGGGUUAACCUAUACUCUUUCAAGCGAAAUAGUGAAGAUUGAUUAA